UUCCAGACUCUGUGCAAGACAUUGGGCAUAUAGGACUGACGACAAAUUUUGAGAGACUUUGUGAUCUCGUGGGAAAUGCAGACAAGUGAUGAUCACUAAACAAAAAUUCGACCAGAGAAAAUGCUGAAAUAGAAGUUACAGAUGCAUGGGAUUUGCUGAAUGAAAUAUAAGCAGUUAAUUUUUGUAACGUGGGCGAAAGCCAAAAUUGCCAAGUUACAUGUGUAAAUCACUGCGUUAUUGCUUUAGUCAUUGCCUCUAUUUAGCAAUGACAAGACUGGAAGAAGUAAACAGAGAAGUGAACAUGCAUUCUUCAGUGCGUUAUCUUGGCUAUUUAGCCAGAAUCAAUUUACUGGUUGCUAUAUGUUUAGGUCUUUAUGUAAGAUGGGAAAAAACAGCAAAUAACUUACUUUUGGUAAUUUUUAUUCUUGGUCUUUUUGUUCUUGGAAUUGCCAGCAUCCUCUAUUAUUAUUUUUCAAUGGAAGUAGCAAGUUUAAGUCUCUCCAAUCUUUGGUUUGGAUUCUUGCUUGGCCUCCUAUGCUUUCUUGAUAAUUCAUUCUUUAAAAAUGAUGUGAAAGAAGAAUCAACCAAAUAUUUGCUUCUAACUUCUAUAAUAUUAAGGAUAUUAUGUGCUUUGGUGGAGAGAAUUUCUGGUUAUGUCCACCAUCGGCCCACUUUACUAACCACAGUUGAAUUUCUGGAACUUGUUGGAUUUGCCAUUGCCAGCACAAUUAUGUUGGUGGAAAAAUCUCUCAGUGUCAUUUUACUGGUCGUAGCUUUGGCCAUGCUGAUUAUUGACCUAAGAAUGAAGUCUUUUCUAGCUAUUUUAAACUUAGUUAUUUUUGUAGUCUUACUAUUUUUCUCCUCAUUGGAUACUCCCCAAAAUCCAGUUGCUUUUGCAUGUUUUUUUAUUUGCCUGAUAACUGAUCCUUUCCUUGACAUUUAUUUUAGUGGACUUUCAGUGACUGAGAGGUGGAAACCCUUUUUGUACCGUGGAAGAAUUUGCAGAAGACUUUCAGUUGUUUUCACUGGAAUGAUUGAACUUGCAUUUUUUAUUCUUUCAGCAUUUAAACUUAGAGACACUCAUCUCUGGUAUUUUGUAAUACCAGGUUUUUCCAUUUUUGGAAUUUUCUGGUUGUUUUGUCAUAUUAUAUUUCUUUUAACUCUUUGGGGAUUUCAUACCAAAUUAAAUGACUGCCAUAAAGUAUAUUUUACCCACAGAGUAGAUAACAACAGCCUUGAUAGAAUCAUGGCAUCCAAAGGGAUGCGCCAUUUUUGCUUAAUUUCAGAGCAGUUAGUUUUUUUUAGUCUUCUUGCAACAGCUGUUUUGGGAGCAGUUUCCUGGCAGCCAACAAAUGGAAUCUUCUUGAGCAUGUUUCUAAUUGUUUUGCCAUUGGAAUCCAUGGCUCAUGGGCUCUUCCAUGAAUUGGGUAAUUGUUUAGGAGGAACAUCUGUUGGAUAUGCUAUUGUGAUUCCUACCAACUUCUGCAGUCCUGAUGGCCAGCCAGCACUUCUUCCACCAGAACAUGUACAGGAGUUAAAUUUGCGGUCCACUGGCAUGCUCAAUGCUAUCCAAAGAUUUUUUGCACAUCAUAUGAUUGAGACCUAUGGGUGUGACUAUUCCACAAGUGGACUGUCUUUUGAUACUCUACAUUCCAAACUGAAAGCUUUUCUUGAACUUCGGACUGUGGAUGGACCUAGACACGAUACAUAUGUUUUGUAUUACAGUGGGCACACCCAUGGUACAGGAGAGUGGGCUCUUGCAGGUGGAGACAUACUACGCCUGGACACACUUUUAGAAUGGUGGAGAGAAAAGAAUGGUUCCUUCUGUUCUCGACUUAUUAUUAUAUUAGACAGUGAGAAUUCAACCCCUUGGGUGAAAGAAGUAAGAAAAAUAAGUGACCAGUAUAUUGCAGUGCAAGGAGCAGAGUUGAUGAAGACAAUAGAUAUUGAAGAAGCCGACCCACCACAGCUGGGUGACUUUACAAAAGACUGGGUAGAAUAUAACUGCAACUCCAAUAAUAGCAUCUGCUGGACUGAAAAGGGACGCAAAGUGAAAGCAGUGUACGGUGUGUCGAAGCAGUGGAGCGACUACACUCUGCAUUUGCCAACGGGAAGUGACGUGGCCAAGCACUGGAUGUUGCACUUUCCUCGUAUUACAUACCCACUAGUACACUUGGCAAAUUGGUUGUGUGGUCUGAACCUUUUAUGGAUCUGCCAAAGUUGUUUUAGGUGCUUGAAAAGAUUAAAAAUGAGUUGGUUUCUUCCUACUGUGCUGGACACAGGACAGGGCUUUAAACUUGUCAAAUCUUAGUUUGAAAACCAAAGGAGAAUAUUAUUAUAAGAGUUCAUACUACAAGUUAUCACUAGUUUGCCAGUUUUUGUACAUUAUAUUCUUAUUUGUGAAAAAUAUCCUGUUACGUCUGUAGCUGCUCUCACUUUGUCUUUUUUCAAGUAAUUAUGGUAUGUAAGUAGUUGGGAAUAAACAUUCUUUUAUACUAAAAGUAUGUAGAGAUUCAGAAAAUUCUGACUGUAAAUGCAUGAGAUGUAAAAAUAACAGUGCACUUUGAGAUGUUUGCAUUAGAAAGAAAACACUUGUCUAUGCUCUGCAGUGAAGAAUUAAUGAAGAAUUAAUUACUCAUGCCUUAUUUUCUAGGCAUAGACCAGGAUGUUUACUAUUAUAAGGAAACAGAAUUUGCAUACAAAAGAUUUUUUUUUGUGAACAGUAGGUUUGUGUCCAAGACCAUUUGAAAAAUUAAAAACUCUUUCUUAGGAAAGAAAAAAGAAGUCUACCUGAAAUGCAUGCAAAAUUUGCUUUUGUCCAUUACAUUCAGAUGCCUUGGUUGUGAUCUAGCACAAAUUACUGUUUAGAUUAAAAAAAAAAAUUUAUGUAGGUAACUAAGAGGCUAGAGCCUAAAAGUUGCUCCUUUGUGAAUUGUUGGGGGCCUAUGAAAGUACUGGCAAUUUUAAGAGUCUUUUCAGGGUAACCAUGCUUUUUAAUGAACAACGUUUUCAGCUAUAAAUUUCUUCCAGAUAAGUUGUCUUCCUUUUCAAAAAGUAAUCUUAUAAAUUUAGCAGUUUCUUAUUGAUUUAGACUAUUUGCAAUUUUCUAGAAAUUAUUUCAAUCUCUAUAAAGUUCCACUAUGAAAAUUAUUUUUCAAAUUUCCAUUAGUGAUAACAUUUUUUUUUUACUGAAAGUGAAAGGAUUGGAAACAUUUUUUCUUGUAAGAUAUUAUGUAAAAAUAUAUUUAUAUUAACAAUUUUACUUAAGCAUAAUGGUGAGGUUGUAAUCUUUAAAACUUUUUUCAGUGUUUUGUCUCAUUAAAGCAAGCACUGGUCAGGAUAUCUUCCAAGAGGUCAUUUAUCUUCUAUUUCCUUCUAGUAAUCCUUACAUUCUAAAGUUUUAUCUCUGGGAAAUAACCAAAAGGGAAUAUAGUUAAGUUGGGGUAUAAUCUAAUCUUUGAUGUUUAAAUGGUGUCAUUUCUCACCAUCAAAGCCAUUUUUCCAACCUCAGCGAGACGGAAUAAUGCCCCUACCAUUUUUUAUCUGGUGACUUGCCAACUGUAGUUUUAGUUAGGAGGAAGUCACCAAGCAUCAGGGAACUUGUAUACCACUAUCUAUGCAGCAUUGUUGUUAUGGUCUAAUUUGUGCUUUGAAUAUGAUUUUCAAAAUACUUUGAAUAAAAUUUUGUUAAAAAUUUUUUA